CUCCGCCGCGGGAGCAUGUGGGGCGGCAAGGCCGCGAGGCGAGGGGAGUGCGGGAAGGCGGCCCAGGGGUUGGACCUGCCCCGGGGACCCGCCAGCUGCGGUUGAGCCGCCCGGGAGCGCUCUGCCGCGGUUUCCCGGCCCCCCUUACGGCGCAAAGGGAACGAGCUGCUCCGCCGCUCCUUCCCCAGCGGCGCGGUUCAGCGGCUGUAGCGGCUGUAGCGGCUGGGAGCUCCUCCCGGUGCUGCGGGGGCUGAGCUGCGCCCCCCGUGUGCCCGUGGCCGCGUCCCUUCGAGCUGAGGCCUCUCCCGAGUGAGCCUGGUGCAGGCAAUCGCUGCUGAGGGAUAACGGUGGCGGUGUCACCUGCUGCAGUCCACGCACUGACAGGACUUCCCUAUCCUGUGCCAGACAUGUCUUGGAGAAAAUCCCUAUAUUCGGAUGACCAAAGAAAAAUAUGGAAAAGAAUGCAAGAUUUGUGCCAGGCCGUUCACAGUGUUCCGCUGGUGCCCUGGGGUGCGGAUGCGCUUCAAGAAGACAGAAGUGUGCCAGACGUGCAGCAAGCUGAAGAAUGUCUGUCAGACCUGCCUGCUCGACCUGGAAUAUGGUUUGCCUAUCCAAGUCCGGGAUGCAGGACUCUCUCUUAAGGAUGAAAUGCCUAAAUCUGACGUCAACAAAGAGUACUAUACCCAGAACAUGGAGCGAGAGAUAGCCAAUUCUGAUGGCACUAGACCAGUUGGUGCACUAGGAAAAGCUACAUCUACCAGUGACAUGCUGCUGAAGCUGGCCCGAACCACUCCGUACUACAAACGCAACCGUCCUCACAUCUGUUCCUUCUGGGUAAAAGGAGAGUGCAAGAGAGGAGAGGAGUGUCCCUACAGACAUGAGAAACCUACAGAUCCAGAUGAUCCUCUGGCUGACCAGAACAUCAAAGAUCGUUACUAUGGAAUUAAUGAUCCCGUGGCUGACAAACUUCUGAAACGAGCAUCAACCAUGCCUCGUCUAGAUCCUCCUGAAGACAAGACUAUUACUACACUGUAUGUUGGAGGGCUUGGAGACACCAUCACUGAAUCAGAUCUCAGAAAUCACUUCUACCAGUUUGGGGAGAUCCGGACGAUAACGGUGGUGCAGAGGCAGCAAUGUGCUUUCAUCCAGUUUGCCACCAGACAGGCUGCAGAGGUGGCUGCUGAGAAAUCCUUCAACAAACUCAUUGUCAAUGGCCGCAGGCUCAACGUCAAGUGGGGAAGGUCCCAGGCGGCAAGAGGGAAAGAAAAGGACAAGGAAGGCACUACAGAAUCGGGGAUAAAGCUGGAGCCAGUUCCAGGACUUCCUGGGGCCCUCCCCCCUCCUCCAGCUGCAGAAGAGGAGGCUUCUGCAAAUUACUUCAAUCUACCUCCAAGUGGCCCUUCAGCCGUGGUGAACAUUGCCCUGCCACCUCCUCCUGGCAUCGCUCCACCACCGCCUCCAGGUUUUGGACCACACAUGUUCCACACCAUGGGGCCCCCACCUCCCUUCAUGAGAGCCCCAGGCCCCAUCCACUACCCGUCCCAGGAUCCCCAGAGGAUGGGUGCCCACGCAGGAAAGCACAGCACCCCCUAGCACGUCCUGCCACCCUCAUCCUCGAAGUAAAUGUUAUUUUCUAGUUACCAUGGUAGCACCAUAUGUUGAGCUGUGGGUGAGCUAGAGACGCCUUAUUUCCUUGCUUGCAGCCACAGGGCAAGCUGAGCUCCGUGUCUCCACUUAUAAUCGGGUUCUUGAUACGUCCCAGGUCUUUCUAUUAGUGUGGGGGGUGGGUGGGGGACAGAGAAGGGCUGGCAGGGGUCUGUGGGUCUGGGGUACCAGAAUUAAAGUGCUAUCUGUGUAUCCCAUUGGCACACUUUUGAAAUAAACUUCUGGAAAAACAAAACCAAA